AUGUCGCCCCUCUCGCCUUUCGGAUUUGGACAAAAGCACUCUUACUUUCACGUUCAGCUCACCAUUCACGAGCUCACCAACGUGCCUUUAGUACAUGGCCUCUUUGCCUGCAAGUGGAAAGUCAAGGGCGCACACUCGCUCGCCAGCUUACAGCACUCGGCUGCCGCAGCCGUACACCAGCAGACCACUCGCGUCGUGUCCGGUGUCACUCGCAAACAUCAUGGCCCCCCAAGCAAGGAACCCUCCGGCACUUCCUCAUCCGCACACCCUACUAGCGACAUACAUGCCAUCGACCACGACUCGGGCGCCACCGCCGGCCUCUCUCUCGGCCCUCCACAUGCGCACAAGCAACGAAACGCCGGCGGCUCCAGCGAUGCCGCCUCCAUCCUGAGCGCAUCUAGUCGCAGGUCCAAUCACCACACCAUUCACAAGCCCGGCUUCCUUUCCAACCUGCUCCAUCACAAGGACAAGGACGCAGACACGCCUUCCGACCAACAGUCUUCGCCCCCUUCGCCAGACCCUGCGCCCUCGGACGGUGGCGCGUCGGUCACUCCUGCUUCACCGGAUAAUCCCCUACCAACGCCAUCCAGCCCCACAGUCUCGCGACGCGACAGCACCACAAGCCGCAAAACAUCUGCGUCCAAUGCAAAGUCGACCAAAGACGCCGCACGCCACAAGUCGUUCGAGUCGCAUGACCACAGUGUAGACCCCCUCCUCUUCUUCAACCAGGAGCCCAAGGGUGAGACCGAAUUUGUCAAGGUGCACGAACAUCGCGUCGAUUGGGAACGAGAUGUCCAGGUCGGUCUCCGCGUCGGUAUCGGCAAGCCCAGGACUUCCGGCCAAAGUGACUCCUCGCCUACUCACAGCCACCACGAUAGUCCGGCUGUGUCCGCCAAGUCGAGCGCCAAGGAUCUACGCAGUCGUGCUCUCCGCGACCAGCACCUCGAAGACUUAUCCACAGCCUGGGGUCGCCUCGUCAAUUCGGAGCUAAAGCUCACCAUCAAACAGGAGAUGCCCGAACACACGAAAUCCACCACUCAUCCCUCAGUCCUCGGCCACAUCCUCCUUGACCUCUCCGAAUUUGCACCAGAGCCACCGCAACUCGGCUCGAGCGGGCGGCACCCCCAUCACCACCACCACCACCACCAUCAUCACCAUCAUCACCAUCAUCACCACCACCACCAUGGUCAACAUGGUCAUCACCACCAUCACCAUCACCACCAUGGUGAACACUCGUAUCGCGACCGCACCUGCCGUUCUGAGACGAGGAAGUUUCUCCUCAAUGGCAGCAAAACCAACGCCACCGUCAAGCUCACCAUCACCAUGACAUACCUCGGCGGCGCCCGCGAGUACUACGUACCGCCCAUCUCCAACGGCCUCAUGGUCAAUGGCCUUGGAUCCAUCGUCGCCCCGUCUUUGCUCGAGAUGCAUCACGAUUCGCCAAACGCUCGAGCUGGCAGCGAGCGUGCUUCGUCCAACGGCGGCAGCUCCGAGAGCAGCAGCCUCCGCAACGAGCCAAUACGCGCAAGCGCAUCCAUCCGCAACCAGUCGCUCGUCGGCACGGGUCUUCCAAGUGCCAGCAGUCUCUCGCUGUCCCACAUGAACUCGUCCUUCCAUUCCCAGCACAAUCUCUACGGCCCUCCUCUCAAGUCGAUCUACGCCAAAAAGACUUGGUCCAAUCGCAUCCCCACCGAGAACCUUGCCUCGGAAGCCUCUGGAUCCGAAUCGCACGCGAAGAAAAAGUCGAGUCGGGCACCAGAAACUGCUUUUUACCUGGGCCAGACUCAGGCCGAUCGCGCGCCGGACGACGUGGUCAACGCCAUCUUCAAGGGCAUCCCCGUUGGCGGCAGCCACAAUGGGCAGCUCUCCGAAAGUGGACCGUCGCUGCGACCUCUGUCGGCUCGCACUGUCAAGAGCUCGCGUCCAGCUAGUGCCACAGAAGCUGCGGAUCGAACGCCGCUGCAAAAGCCCAGUAGGACGCCCGACAAGGUGCGUCCUCGCGUUCGCACCAUGAGCUCGGCUUCCAGCCUUUCGAAAAGGUCGGAACGCUCGUUCUCUUUCGGACUCUCGCGCUCCAAGGACAAGGACAAGGAGAAAGAAGUUGCCAAGCAGCGGGGAAAGCUACUCGAAACUGACAAGGCAAAGGGCAAGAAGGGUGGCGCCGAACGUUCCAAGACCACGUCGAGCGCUGAAGCUGAUAGUCCGACGGCUGACAAGGGCCAAGGAUUCCAUCUGAGCGUGCCAGGCCACGGUCCUGGCAAGUUGUCCUCCGGCCGUCUUGUCGAGUCGCCCUCGGCUUCGACCGAAGCGCUCUCUCAGUCCGGCACAAGUGCUACGCGCGUUUCGGCAAAACGCCUCUCGUCGGUGCGAUGGAACAUCGACGGCGAUGACGCUGCUUCCGAUGAAUUGAGGCGCUCGCAAGACACGACUCCCGUGGCCGAAACAUUCGAUCAAUACGAGCGCGACCGAGCCGCCAUGCCUCCACCUCCCUCUGUGGUGGUCAAUCAUGCCUACAUCCCGAUCCGAGCUGGAGGCAUCACUGCCGCCUCUUCCUCCGCUAUCAACUUAGUCGACUCGUCAGCCGAGGCGCUUCCAGAGCAGGCUGACUCCAAAGCCGCUAGCAACGCCGACUUCCUCUCACCGCAGCAGCACUCCCGCUCGACGCCGUCGGCAGCGGCAAGAGACUCCGAAUCUGCCAGCAUUCGCUCGUUUGCGUCUUCGACGAGUGCACUUGAUGAAGACAAAAAGCUCAAGACGAGCUCGCACGACCUCAAAGGUCUCUAUCAAGCCGGCCUUGCGAUUCCUCAAAGCCUGUCCACCAGUACUGCUGUGGGCCUGGAUCGCAUCAAGCGCACGAGUCGGGCAAUCGGUCAAUUCGCCAAAGACGCUGUCAAUUCUGGUCGCCCCGGCUCACGACCCUUGUCGAGCUCUGGUGCAGCAUUGCCGACCGACAGCCAGGGUGUAGCGGGUCGCGAGCGCAGAUCCAAGGGCAACCGAGGCAUCGAGCCCUCCGAAGCCGCGUCCAAAGGAUGGCAUGGCGCCGGAUGGCUGCGACCCAUCUCGACAGCUCCAGCACCGCUGCCUCCAGGCUCGCCAGACCUCUCGUCUGCGGAGAGCGAUGGCGAGUUUGAGGACGCGGACGUGGAUGAAUCAAGCCCCGCCUAUCGCCACCGUUCGUUGAUCUCGCACAGCUCGGAAGGAAGGAGAUCGUCAGCGACCGACCAGACGGUGAGCUCGGAUGCCCCCGCGACGCCCAGCGCUGCGGCCGUCGAGACGUUCCGCCCAGCACACAAGCGAGACCAGUCGUUCGUCUCCGUCUAUCACGACGUCGAUGACGAGGACUGGCCAGAAGACUCGGCCAAGCUAAUGGAUCAGGCCAUCACGCCAAGCGUGCUCCCGAUGCAGGCGCACCCGCAUCUUCUGCUUCACACCAUACCGGACCUCGAAACACCACUCGCUCCGAGCGUCAUCUUCACAUCUCAUCUCGAAGGACUUUUCGACUUUCUUGUUCUGCACACCCAACCCCGUGUGCUUCGAAUCGACAUGCCGGAGCCCACCAAGACAUCCAAAGAGGAUGCUCCCGCAGUGAAGCCGACCGAGACUCCGGUCGCCAAGCCCCCCAGCGAGCGGGAGCAGCUGCUGGCUCUUCUGCGUCACAACUUUCUGCUGAUCGAGCGUAGUGUCUCGCACAUUGAGCAGCGUUUCACCGCACGUGUGCUGCGUACUCUUCCGUACGUGCGCAGAAAGAUCAACGCGUAUCCCGAAGUGCUUGCGUUCGCCGUCAAUGAGGGCAUCCUGUCCCACUCGGACGAUGCCGUCCAGAAGCAUCUGCUCGCCUUCCUGCCUCAGCCUUACAAGCCGGAAACCCCCACUGCGACCAGUGCGACCGGUGCGCCCACGGCCGCGGAUGCCAUGGACGUCGACACGCCCAACACCAAGGCCGAGGACAAGGCCGAGAACAAGGAUGCCAAGGACGCCAAGCCCGCCAGCGCGCCUGUUGCACUGUCCAAGCCCACGCCGCGACAGCCCGAGGCUCAGCCUGAGCUGGUGGCGUACCUGCGCCUGCUGACGCUCGUGCACCUGAUCGACAACAAGCAGCUCGAUGCAGCAUCGGACGAGGCGGUUGCUUCGAUCUCGGCCAUCACCGCUCAGAACCGCAGGACGCUCGACCAUCUGGCGGCCAAGACGAUCUUCUACCUGGGCCGUGCGGAGGAGCUCAAGGCGGAGGCGGCCAAGGCCAAGGGGGCGCACACCGAGGGUGGGCUGACGGCGAUCCGCAGCCAGCUGCUGGGUCUGCAGCGUACGGCGUCGCUGCGCCACGACACGGAGACGGAGGCGACGAUCAUCAACCUGCUGCUGCGAUCGUACAUUGUGGAGGCGAAUCUGUACGAGCAGGCGGACAAGCUGGUGGCGCGUGCGCCGUUCCCGCGCUCGAGCGCGAGCAACCCGCAGGUGGCGAGGUACGACUACUACGUGGGGCGCAUCCGGGCGGUGCAGCUUGACUACACGCAGGCGCACGUGCAUCUGCAGCAGGCGAUCCGUCGUGCGCCCCAGGCGUCGCUUCCUCAAGACUCGACUGCGGCUGGUGAAGGUGCUGCUGCGGCGGGUGCGGUUAAGAGUGCGGUGGAGAAGAAGGAGAAGAAGGAAGAGGUGAAGCCGGUGGGACAGUCGCAGACUGCGGCUGGAUUCUUGCAGACGGCGCACAAGUUUUUGGUGGUGGUCGAGUUGUUGAUGGGCGAGAUUCCGGAGCGAUCGAUCUUCCGCACGCCCGUGCUGCGCAAGGCGCUUGCGCCGUAUCUGGAGAUUGUGCAGGCGGUGCGCGUGGGCGAUCUGCAGCGCUUCCAGGCUACGCUCCAGCGAUACACGUCGCUGUUUGCGGGCGACAAGACGCUGAGUCUGAUUGUGCGACUGCGACACAAUGUGAUCAAGACGGGCAUCCGUAUGAUUUCGCUGUCGUACUCGCGCAUCAGUCUGGCGGACAUCACGCACAAGCUGCACCUCGAGAGCGAGGAGGAUGCAGAGUACAUUGUGGCCAAGGCGAUCCGCGAUAAUGUGGUGGAUUCGAGGGAUACACGUGUGGACCACGAAAAGGCCGAAAUGCUCAACAGGGAAACCAAGGACCUGUACGAGACCGACGAACCCAUGCAGCAGUUCCAGCAGCGCAUCCAGUUCUGCCUCCAGCUGCACAACGAGAGCGUCAAGGCCAUGCGCUACCCGCUCAACGGACAUAAGGCCGAACUCGCCAGCGUCACCGAGGCGCACGAGCGCGAACGUGAACUCGCCGCCGAAAUCGCCGAUGGCGACAUGGACGACUCGGACGACGACUGGGCUUAA